AUGAGCUUAAACAAUUUAAAUUUAUUUGUUAUUUAUGAUUAUUUUUUUAUGGAGAAAUUAAUCUAGAAUCAAGAUCUAGACGAGAUUUUUUGCUAUCUGAGUUAAUAUUUUGAUUAAUUGAAUUAUUUAUUGAAUAUAAUGAGGGUAAGCUUUUGUUUCUCAUAUUAAUAUAAGUUGAAACAUCUUGGCUGUUAAUUUUAUCGUUUAAGUGCUACUUUAAAUCCUUUACAAUUUAAUGAGUAUUAUUAUAUUUUUAUAAAUAUUAAUUAAUAUAAAUUGAUUGGGUUGAUUGACAUUCCUACAACUAAAUGUCUGUGCUACUUUUUUAAACGUUUCUAAAGCUAUUUUACUUAUUCUUUUUUGUUGUGUGUUUAUUAUCAAAAAUCUAGGAAGUAUCUUACUCAAAUUUAAUAUCAAAAUUAAGAAGAGAUGGUAAAAAUGAGCUAAAUGUACCCAUUUAAUUAGGUUCUUCUAAAUUAUUCAUAGAUUUAGAUCUGCUUUCAAUAUUUUUGUUCAUCUAAAAGCCAUUUUACUUUAUUUAUAAAUCUCUAUAACUUUAUAAACCUUUGUAGAGUUACUCAGAAUUAUUCUACUACUUUUCUGGGCUGUUUUAAAUUUAUUCAUUUUAAUUAUUUUACUCUCUCUAGCUACUCAGUAAAAUUUUUGGUAAUUCUAAAAAUUAUUGCUUGCCGUUACUUGUAUUUCUAUUGGUAAUUUAGUUAUAAUUAAUUUACCUAAUAGACCCAGAUUCUUGUAUGA